UUGGUUCUAACGGUCCACCUGCAGACCAAGCGACUUGUCUGUUUAACCUGCUUUCCACAGCAAUCCACUCUGUUCACUGGCAGAGACAAUUUUCUUUAAAGAUCAUGCAGUGGACUAGGAGAGUUCCCCACUGUCAGAUGAGGGGACCAUGGAUGCUGUUAAUCUGCAGUGUGGAGUUGAACUGGAAUGUGUCUGGGUGUUUGGGCCAAACUGUCCCGACACGUUACAGCACCAGCAGAGCGCAGAGCCAGGCUACCUGACUGAAGGAGGAGGAUCUGGUCUCCUCUGGAUCUUUAAUUGUCCCGCUUCUUCUUCUUCCUGUCCUGGACUUUGACUGAACAGCUGAGAUGAAUCACAGCAAGGUCGAAUAUGCGCCUUUUGAAUAUUCCUACUAUGAUUAUUCAGACUGGUACUCGGAAAACGCAGAGCCAACCAAACCACCCAAAGAAGUUAUUUUACCAUGUGACCCCACAGCGGAUGAAAAGCUCUACCACAUAUGUAUGCUCUCCAUAUCUCUGGUGGUUAUGUUGAUCCUGGCAGUUCUCAGCAGGAAAAACAAACUCUGCCAAGGAUUUACCAGAGGAUCCUCCAGUAUCUUCAGUCCAGCCAACUUCCUGGACCAGACUCAGCAGAAAGGACUAGUCAUGGCGGUGUUUGGACUGGUGUUCAGCAAGCUGGCAAUGCUGGUGAUCGCCCCGGACCCGCUGCCUUUCUCCAAAGAUACUCCAGCUGAGAUUAAAGAGUACAUGAAGAUAAUCGCCAUCUUCUACUACCCCAUCCUGUUUUAUCCUCUGCUGGCCUGUUGCACUCUGCAGCACAAAGUGGGUUAUGUGUUCGGGUCGCUGCUCUCCUUCAGUCACUUCGGGGUCCUGGUGUGGCAGAAGUUUGACUGUCCGAAGACUCCAGAGAUCUAUAAAUACUACGCUCUGCUGGCCAGUCUGCCUCAGCUGGCCUGCCUCGCGUAUCUCUGUGUCCAGUUCUUUCUGCUGUUUCUCAAAGGCCCGAAGAACGACGAGGACCUCGACAGCAGCUACUACUCUGACUAUGUGAAGUUACUGCUCAAGAAAAAGUCCUCAGCUGCCAGCUCUACAUCUACAGAUAAACCAACGCUAGUAGAGAGAAUACUGGAGGUGCCUAAGAGUUAUAUUUAUAUACCAGCAAAAGUGUUUCGUUUUCCACUCAAAUUGGCUGUGACAGCAUUUGUUGCCCUCGUGGCGAUAUAUCAUACGGCGUUGUUGUUGGUGGUCCUGGUGGUUCCCACUCUCCAUAUUGUCCGAGCCGGUAUCGAUGAGAACAUCGCCUUCCUGUUGCUGGGUUUUGGGAUCGUCCUAUCAGACGACAGGAUGGAGGUUGUCAAAAUUGUGACCUUCUAUACUUGGCUGCUGGAAGUGUGCUACCUCUGUGCGAUGACCCUGUCCUGUCUGGUCAGUCUCAUCAUGCUCAUGAGGUCCAUGAUACUUCAUAGGUCAAACCUGAAAGGGCUGUAUAAAGGAGACAUUUACAGCAUUUAUAACAGCCAGAAGACGAUCCGUCCAUCUAAACCUGGAAUCGUCUGCUGGAUGGGUUUGACAGGGUACCAGGCUGCGAUCAUCUGCCUCGGAAUGGCGAUUCAGACGGUCGUGUUUUUCAUCUGCUUCGUGUUUUUCGUCUUUAUGAUCAUCAUCCCUGUUUUUUACGGUCGUAAUAUCAUCGUCUUUGAAGUCGCGGGGAAGGCAUGGCCGGGCUGGGUCACACUGCUCCUCGUCACGGCACUCCAACAUGUGACCGCUAAGUUUGCUUUCAUUAAAAAAGAAGCUGGAACAAGAGACUUGAACAACAGAGAGAGUCUGUUCCUCCUGACCUACCUGCUGUUCCUCAUCAACACUGUGGUUGGACUGGUGGUCGGAAUAUGGAGAAUGGUGAUAACGGCUCUGUACAACAUCGUCCAUCUGGGUCGCAUCGACAUCAGUCUGCUGCACCGCACCGCAGAGUCCUGGGACCCAGCCUACCGAUACUACGUCCACUCCCUGAAGGUGGAGGUCAGCCAGGCUCACCCGGUGCUGAAGGCGUUCUGCGGGCUGCUGCUGGACAUGAUGGUGGAGGGCGGCAGAGUCGGACAGAAAAUAAGAGACGCAGAGGAAGGGAUUCAGGAGAACAGGCCGAACAAGGCGACCAGCCGGCAGAGGAUCCGCUGUCGCUGGCAGCUGCUGUACACGCUGGUCAACAACCCGUCCCUGCUGGGCUCCAGGAAGCACUUCCAGACGCUGCAGACCUCGGAGAGCGUCCUGAAUGGGACGCCCAACCGCAGCUCCAAGAUCAGCAGCAAGAAGGAAUCCAUCAAAUCAGACGCCGAGCCGAUCCCGUCCACUGAGACCCCGACAAACCAAGACAAAACCGAUUAAAAUUCUUCAUCUGUCAAGUGUGGUUGGCAGUAUACUCCAAACAAAAUCAUAUCUAGCCAGUUUCCUAUAGAUCAGGGGGGUCAAACUGAUCCAUGAAAGAUCGGCUGUUGGUUUUUUG